CUGGCUGUGUGUUAUCCACCCAUGAUACCUUGUGUCUAGAGAAGUGUAUUGCUGACCACGACAGCAGUAACAUUAUAAUGAUACAGGGUGUAUUAUAUGCCCAUGGUAUUAUAUAAUGGCCCACUACUGGAAAUGAUCAUUUUAGCAGUCACCCUGGAGUUCUGUGACACAAGGGCACAGUACGUGUCAUUUUCAGCAGAGUGUAUGUUAUUUCUUAUAAAUCACACAUCAGCUGCUGCAGAACAUCUUUCUAUGCUUUGCAGGGGAGUAGUGUUCUAUAAUACAAGCUAAGAUGCUGCUCUUGAACCUUAAGGGGUUGUGUAUUAAUUUCUUCACUUCUCAGACUGUCGGGAUCCAUGUUGGUGAUCAUAUUUACCUGGUCCCCGGCUAGUUUGCUCCCCUUCCUCCGUUGCUCGUCUCGGGUCCCGCCAUGUAAUCUCCACUGGCUGCUGCUCCCCUUGUGUCAUAUCAUAUGGUCGCAUGAUGCAAGGGAGCAGAUCGCUGCUGCGGCCAAUGAUUGGCUGCAGUGGGACCAAACCAGAAGUUUACACAGAGGGACCCGAGACGAGCAGCGGAGAUUGGGGAGCACACAAGCCGGGGAUCAGGUAAAUGAUAACCAACGCACAUCCCGCCAGUUUGAGAGGUCUGGAAAUUAGUGCAUAACCCUAAUAUUUUUUAUUAUUAUUAUGAUGUGAGCAAUACAUGUCACUUAGUGGUUGGUGAACAAGCUGUGACACCUACUACUGUAGGAACAGAUAAGCACCACUGAUUUCUGUGUAAUUAGGUUCUGUUCACAUCACAUUUAUUAUAUCUGGAGAGACAUACUAAAUGGAAGCAGCAGCAACCGUCACUCAGUUUGGUUACUGCCAGCGCCAUUUUAGACUCGCCAGUGGACAGCGCAGAGGGCAGGAAACGGCGGGAGACAGAGCCAGGUGGCUUGCGCGGUUUGACCAGUGUUGGCAGAGCUGCUGUGACAAGAUGGGGAAGGAUCUGAUCUGGGAAGUAUUUCAGGUCUGAAACAUCCAUUUCUCUACUGUGUCACUGAAAAUGGACAAAAAACAGAGUGAUCCAACCGAGCAGGUCCUAAACCUCACCCUGGAGAUUAUCCUUCUGCUGACUGGAGAGGAUUAUUUUGUUGUGAAGAAAUCAGGAGAGAGAGCAACGAAUAGAAGUCUUCAGGUUGUAGAAGGAACUUGCAGGGUGCUGACAGAUGUUCACCUACCUUUGCCUCAGUCUAUGACACACAAGCCACACAGUAAGCAGAGGAUCUUAGAACUGACCAAUAAGAUCAUUGAGCUGCUGACUGAAGAGGUUCCUAUAAGAUGUCAGGAUAUUACUGUCCAUUUCUCCAUGGAAGAGUGGGAGUAUUUAGAAGGAAACAAGGAUCUGUACAAGGAUGUAAUGAUGGAGAAUGAGCAGCCUCUCACAUCAUUAGGUUUACCCACAGGUAGUACAAAUGAAUAUCUACCUAUGCAGAUUCAGGAGGACCAAUACAGGGAAGACUUAACAAAUCCUGACAUUUAUUCACCUACAGAUCAGAUACAACAAGGUCCUUCUCAUAUUACGGAGGAGCCACACUCAUGUGAAGGAAGAAGUCUAAUAGAAUCUACACAACAAUAUCCAUUCACUUAUGUUAAGGAGGAUCCAGUCUCGUGUAAUGGUGGCACCCUCACAGACCAAAACAAUUGUGCAGCUACAUAUUCUCAUGCAUUGCAAUAUGAAUUUACUUAUAUUGAGGAAGAGCCAAGCACAUGUGAUGGAGGAAAUUUCAAAUAUCAGAACAAUACACCAUUGGAUCAUACACACAGAUAUCUGCCUUCUCACAAUAAGGAUGAAACAGUCUUACUAGAUGGAGAUUCCCUCACAAACCCCAACAUUUAUGAGGUAAAAGAUCAUUCAUCACAAUGUUCAUCUCAUGUUAAUGAGGAUCCAGCCCCAUGUAGAGGCGCAAACCAUUAUCUCUCAACUUAUGUGAAAGAUGGUAAAAAUCCAGAUACGAAUUCUCCAGAGUCUCAAAGUGUUGCUAAUGACCACAUCAGUGUACAAUAUUCUUGUUCUGAAUGCAAGAAAUGUUUUUGGUCUAUGGCAGAGUUAGUAUCACAUCAAGGAAUUCAUACAGCAGCAAAAUUACUUCAGAGUGGAACCCAUGUCUUUACCACAGCAAUUGUGCAUGCUCCCCCUGAACCACCUGUUAAGCAUAAAUUGUUGACGUGCUCCAAGUGUGGGAGAACAUUCUAUACCAAAUCGUCACUUGUGGGACAUAUGAAGACUCAUUGGAAAGUCAAUCACUUACAGAAUGAAACAUAUAAAUGUGAUCAGUGUGGGAAGUGUUUCUUAAGUAAAUCACUACUUAAUAUGCAUUUAAGACUCCAUUUUGGAGAAAGACCUUAUGCCUGUAGCACGUGUGGAGAACGCUUCAUGAGAACUUGUGAUCUUGGCAAACAUCAAAGAAAACAUCAAUAAAGAGCAAGAAUUGUGCCUUCAGGUUAGUGAAUGUCCUCCAAUGCCCAUAUGGAAAAAGGACAAACACUAGAGAAUAUCUAGUAAGAUUUUCUACAUGAAAUGAUCUAAUAUGGUGACUGGUGUGAAAGAUAUCCUCCAACUUAUUUUAUGGCCUCUACUGAUGAUAAUUUAUUUUCCUGUAUCUGUUUCUUUCAUGAUGUAUGUUGAUGUUGGGUUUGACCUUUACUAGAAUUUGCAAUUUUUCCCCUGGGCUCAUCCAUCCCUCCGUAUUGUAGCUCUGGCGUAUAGAUCCACACUGUGGUGCUCAUAAACUGGUCUAUACUGUACCUCUAUGUUAAUUAAUUUUAUACCACCAUACAGGGUCCAUUACCCACAGGUCUGUAUACUGUAAGAUAACAAUUGAAAGGGGAUGUUGUCCGAAAACAGUAGGAAACCGCAUUUAACGUGAUGGGUACACCACUGUUGUCAAGAAAUGAUGAUUCUUGAUUAAACCUAGAAUACAUUCAGUGAUGUUGAACAGAGAUGAUGUAACUUGGUGACAGUGAAACCUUAGAACAGAACUCACAAGCUCAUGGCUGGAUCGUGUGAACUUGCAAAGUGGAUCCUUUAAUAGGUUGGAGAAUAAGAAGAUUUUUAGUUUCAGACUACUAGACUUUCUGUAACCUCAAAAAUGAUAGGUAUAAGUUGUUGCAUAAUUAUCUGUUUUGUAGCCACUUGAUCUAAAGCCUCGUGCACCUGGCUAUGUUUAGGUAAGCUUAUACAGAAUGUAGAAAUGUAGACUCUGUUCACCAUCAUGCCUUAUUUCCCAGAAUCUGCUUUGAGGAUGUGGCUCUUCAUGUAUGCUCAGGUAGACUUGAGCUCAUAGCCAGAGCUUACAACUUUUGGCACUGGGAGGCUUGUUACCAUUACUGAUAUCACUCUUUGUAACUCUUUCACUCAAACAGUGAGUUAGGCCCAUGGCAUAAAAUUCUAAUCCUCCUGUGCUAGAGGCUGAUAUAAACUGCAAGUAUGGAGAAUGCUGGUUCUCACUCAGUCAGCUCAUUUAAUAAAGAGAAAUCUUAUAUUCACUAUGUUAAACUCUUGGGUGACAACUGCAAUUAUCAUACUCUAUUAGGACACAGGUGUAUUUGGUGACUCUUCCAUAAAGGGGAUCUCCAAGACUGGGAACCCACAGUCAGUGGGCCAGUCAGGGUGCAACAGUGGGGGGGGGGGAACUGUCAUUAGCUCUACGAGUCAAACACCAACUUCCCAUUUCUGCUGCUUCCACCCCACCCCCAGUCAUUGUCAUCAGUGAUGACCAGCACAGUACCCCCUGUAAUGUCACUUCUUCCUCUGUAGAGCAGUAUGGGGAAAGCAUACAAUUAUUGUGAAGAACUCACUGGAAUACAGCACUGCCUGCUAUAACCACCUAGCUAUAAGUCAAUGGCCGGCUCUAUAUAACAUGCAUUUUAUUUUACUAUUAAUUCACAUAAAAAUUCCAAUUAUACAAUCUACAUAAAAGGAAAUAAUAAAAAAAUACAUAUACAAUAUAUAUCUCUUAAUAGCGUGUAAUUUAGCAGUUGUAAUCACAGUUCCUAUUGCGGAGCUCACACAACUUUUGGAACCUUUGUUGAUACAGUUGUGUCCAAAAUGAUAGCAGUCAGACAUCACUAACCUGAUCAAUCACUGUUUUUGUUAGAAAUGAUAUUUCUACAUAGCAAAUAAUUUACUAGCAGGUGUAGUAGAGUAAUAGAAAUCCA